UGUCAGAUUUGGGCAAUUUGUUAUUUUAUUGUAAUGCAGCUUUGUUAAUGUAAAUUCUUCAUAAUUCAUUUGUGAUUCAUAUAAAUCUUGUGAAAAUGUUAAUACCGACGUGUGUAAUCAAAUUCUUUGAAUUAAUGCUGGCAGUGUCCUGCCUGGUUCUCCACCACUACAGCUAUGACCUCACAGACGUGCCUACACUCAUGCUUUGUUCCGGAACCUACAUUGGCUACGUCGUCGUUUUAUCUGGAGAAAUCAUAGGCGAGGCGGUGUCAGCAGCAGCAGACGCGUACAUAGACGCGUGGUGGUCUGCCUCCGGCGGGCUUCUAUUCGGCGCGUGCGGCGCGCUCACGCUCCGCUCCUGGAAAGAUAUCCCGCACUGCCUGCGCCGGAACCACGCGCAAGCUACAGCUGUUUGCUCGCUGGCCACCGCUGCUUUACUCACCAUAGAUGCUCUGCUUGCGGCUUGUUCUGCUCACAAGGAUGAUACCAGCACGAGGACUAAGCCUAAGAAACCGGUCACUACGUGUUCGUGAUUUGCACAUAAACUGUUCUAAUGUUGUUCUAAUUCAGUGACAUUGAAAUAAAAGUGACAUAUUUCAUA